GUGUGACGUUCUGACGUCACAGGGCCUGGCUAGUGAAGAGGAAGAAACAACAACAACCGCGUUUGGCCCGUUCCGCCUCUCCGAACCCACAGAACCGCUCGGAAAUCCGGACUCCAGUCGAGCUCUCGGGAGAGUUUUGAGGCUCAGCAUGUCUCUGUUCGGGAAGCUGUUCGGCAGCGGCGGGAAAGGCGGGAAGGCACCGAGCGCGCAGGAGGCGAUCCAGCGGCUCCGGGAGACGGAGGAGAUGCUGACCAAGAAGCAGGACUUCCUGGAGAAGAAGAUCGACCAGGAGCUGCUGACGGCCAAGAGGAACGGCACCAAGAACAAGAGAGCUGCCCUGCAGGCGCUGAAGCGUAAGAAGCGGUACGAGAAGCAGCUGGCGCAGAUCGAUGGAACCUUGUCCACCAUCGAGUUCCAGAGGGAGGCGCUGGAGAAUGCCAACACCAACACUGAGGUCAUCAAGAACAUGGGCUUCGCUGCUAAGGCCAUGAAGGCUGCUCACGACAACAUGGACAUUGACAAAGUGGACGAACUCAUGCAGGACAUUACAGAGCAGCAGGAGCUGGCGCAGGAGAUCUCAGACGCCAUCUCCAAACCUGUCGGCUUCGGGGAGGAGUUUGAUGAGGAUGAGCUGCUGGCUGAGCUGGAGGAGUUGGAGCAGGAGGAGCUGGACAAGAACUUGCUGGAGAUCGGAGGCACAGAGAAUGUACCGCUGCCAAACGUGCCCUCAACAUCCUUACCUUCCAGACCAGCAAAGAAGAAAGAAGAGGAGGAUGAGGAUGAUAUGAAGGAUCUGGAGGCCUGGGCAGCCAAUUAAUACCUGCUGUUCUCCACACACACACACACACACACACACACACACACACACACACACACACGCACACUCCACAUACAGAUUACUGCAAACGAAAGACUUUAAGGUUUAGUGUGACGUGUUUGGACCUGAGAAGAUUAAGAUGAAUUUAUAGAAAAGGAAACAAACAGCACCGCAACUACGACUACAACUAUGGAACACACUACUCUAAUAAAUCCUGCCGCGCUUUUACUGUCAGCAAGUCAUCAAAGCGAGACAGAGGCCACACGUCUCUCGUCUGUGGACCGUGAGGAUGGAAACCUGGAGGAGAAAAGGCUUCAUGUAGAAUUGAUCGUCUAUUAUCUUAUAUAUUUAUCUGAUAACACUCCUAUAGCAGAGAUGCUCUUUACAGCAUACAACACAAUCUGAUACGAUUUUCCAGCGUUUCGGUCAGAGUGAAUGUGUGGUAUUGUUUUUUUUUGUUUUUUUUUCUCCCCAGCUGUUAAUCCGGGGAGUUCUGGUCCAGAUUCCUGCCCAGUUUGGUGAUUUUCCUGCUCAGACACUCCUGAUUACAUUUCAGUCGUUCAGGGUUGAGUCGUUCUGUCUGAGCAGAGGAAUCAGGAAGCUGCGCUUAAGUCCGACUCUCCGUUAAAAGAACACUAAUUUCUUAUCGAAUGCACUUCGGCUCCUGCAUGGUCUCGCUGCAUCAUGAUGAAAAUACUGAGGUUUUUAUUGAAACAGGGACUGGGCUGCUGAGUAAAGGCCAUGAAGCAGAGCUCUGUGAUCGGCUCUUCUCCUCACGAGUGUCGGUGAACGACCCAAAAGCGUUUUUCGGGACGAGAGCUGUGGAUGAAGGUCCGCUGGCUUAACGUGUGAGUGUCUAAACAGGUGUCGGUGGUUCAGAUUUAUUAUUUAAUAUCAUGUUUUACUUUACAGAGUCGUUACUUUAAUAUUCUGGGUUCAUCCUGGUACAAAGGUUACUUUAUUUUAUUAGGUUCUCUCCUUUUCUAGAGCGAAUAUAAACUCAUUUCACGUCUGUGUUCCUCAGAGAAGCUCUGUAUGAGGUUGGGAUGUUCUGGAGAAGCUCAUUUCUGUGUGUUUGCUUGUAAAAGGUUUGGUUUUUUGUUUUCCUCAUAAACAGCCUCGCUUUCUUACGUUCUCCUGCCCUGCCUUUCGAUGUCCUUCUAACCGUAUGCCUAAAUUAAAGGUUUUGCCAAAUGACCCCUUUUUUCUGGACUUUUGUUGAGCUCUUAUUUUGCCCCUCAUUAAUUUGAUCAGAAUCAUUUCAGCUUCAUAAAUAAACAGAUUAUAGAAGUGUGAGCUGUGCUGUGCAUGUCUUGGUAAGAUGAAGUGGUGAAAACCAGCCUGAUGGAUUAUUAAUCUGAUUUUUAAAGCGUGACCCGUUCAAAGCGUUCACUGAGCUUCCACCCAGUUCUGUCCGAGUCUGUCCGUCGCUGCACGGUCAGCAGCUUUAGUGUUUUCUUUUUCUCUCUGGUUAAACGGAGGACGAACCCAAUCCUAAUGCUGUCUGGGGUGAUGCAAACUGACUUGUACAGAAUCUGAAAGUAGCUUUAAUGCAUUUGUAUGUUCUCAUUACCUUGUUGUUGUUGUUGUUGGAUUUAUUAUUACUAUUAAAAUGUAUUGAAUAUUUUCA